UCCCCUCGGCGGCUGACGUGGCCCGGGCGCGGGGCGGACAUGGCGGACGGCAGCAGGCAGAGCAAGCUGGCGGCGGCCAAGAAGAAGCUGAAGGAAUAUCAGCAGAAGAAUAGCCCUGGAGCAACUGCGGGAGCCAAGAAAAAACGAAAAACUAAAGAAGGAAGUAGGCCCGAGACUCCCACAAAUGAUGACAGACAGUCUCCAGAGAACAUUCAGAACAUUCUGAAGGUGCUGGUGUCAGACCUUAACCGCUCCAAUGGGGUAGCCAUACCCUCAUUGGACAAGAGGAAGGCGUACUUUGACAGUGAUGUUGCCACUCGUAACGCUGAACAGCUUGCUGCCGAUGUCCCUGUGCUAUCUAACAGCAACAGUCUACCUAGUUGUGGUUCUGUUCUGCCUGCUCCCGGGAGCAUGCAGCUGACACAGAUUCAUGAAGCUGAGGAUCAUAAAAAUGCUUUGGAUGAGAACAGGUCUCUCUCGUCAACAGAAAGUCUCCGCCAGUUGUCUGAACAACUCAAUGGCCUGGUUUCUCAGUCUACAUCAUACGUGAAUGGGGAAAGUGCUAUUUCUUCCACAAAUAUUAAGGAAAUGGAAACACGUUACCAGGAGCUGGCAGUAGCCCUAGAUUCCAGCAAUCUAACUAACAAACAGCUCAUUACAAAGAUAGAGGAAUUGAAACAACAGAACCAAGAAGCAAUGAAUCAGCUGGAGAAGGAAAAGAAGGAGUUUGAACAGAAGUUUUCUAAAGAGCAAGCAGCACUGAGGGAACAGCUACAGGUUCAUAUCCAGACGAUUGGAAUUCUGGUUUCUGAGAAGUCUGAGUUGCAGACAGCCCUUGGACAUACUCAACAAGCUGCACGGCAGAAAUCAGGAGAAGCUGAAGACCUUGCUGCUCGUUUACAGUCAUCUCGCCAGAGGGUGUCAGAGCUAGAACGCACUUUGUCCUCCAUCUCUAUGCAGCAAAAACAGUCAGAGAAGCAUAAUAAAGAGUUAGUGAAGGAGCGAGACAACCUGAAACUAGAACUGUACAAACACAGCAAGGGCAGUGAGGAAAUAAAGCAGCAAAACUCGGAACUGUCAGAGAAACUCCGCUCCCUGGUUUCUGAGAACUCAGCUAUGAAGUUGGAUAUGGAGGACUUGCAUAAGAAACUGGAAAUGGCUGAGCUGAUGAUUCAGCAGUUCUCUAAUCAGUCAGGGAAUCUGGAUGUAAACCAGCAGUUGCAGAUGGCACUGGAGGAGAGGGCAAGCCUGGAAACCCAGAUUGCUCAGCUCUCGGAGUCGCUUCACCAGCUCCAGACAGAAAGAGAUCAGUAUGUAGAGAAACUGAAGGAAGAGGGGAGCAUUUGGCAGCAGCGAGUACAGCAGCUCGCUGAGCAGGUCCACACAAUGGCAGAGGAGAAGGAGAAGCAUAUGGCCCAAAUUCGAGAGCUAGAAGCCAAUGUUACAGAGCUGUUAAGCAAAUCAGUAAAACCCAUGGAUAUUGAGCCUUCCUCACCAGCAGGGCCUACAGAAGCUGAGUUGAGUCUGCAGGAAGAGAUCCAGCGGCUGCAGCAGGAGAAGGAGGAACUGCAUGGGCAAUACCAGGCCCAGGUCCGGGACAACGAGCAACUGAGCCACCUCAACCGGGAGCAGGAGGAGCGGCUGCUGGAGCUCGAGAAGGCCGUGCAGCGCUACAACGAGGAGUCUGUGGACAGACAGCAGAUCCUGGAGAACAUACAGAGUGACAAGGCCACAAUCAGCAGGGCACUGAGCCAAAAUCGGGAGCUGAAGGAACAGCUGGCUGAACUGCAGAAUGGGUUUGUCAGACUGACAAACGAAAACAUGGAGGUUACAAGUGCCCUACAGUCAGAGCAACAUGUAAAGAAGGAGUUGGCCAAGAAGCUUGGGCAGCUGCAGGAGAACCUGGGGGAGCUCAAAGAGACACUGGAACUGAAAACACAGGAGGCUCAGGCUCUGCAGGAGCAGCGGGACCAAUACUACAGCCACUUACAACAGUAUACUGUGGCAUACCAGCAAGUGGCUGCUGAGAAGGAGGAGCUGCACAAACAGUACUUGCUUCAGACACAGCUUAUGGAUCGGCUGCAGCAUGAGGAAGUUCAGGGGAAGGUGACAGUGGAAAUGCACCUGAAGGAACUGCAGCAGACCAAGGAAAGUCUGGAAGCUGUAGCUAAGGAAAACAAAGAGCUGCAAGCUCAGAUCAGUCAGUUAGCAGCAGAGCUGGAUGACAAGAUGUUGCACAGACUAGAAGGAGAUGGAGUUGAAAGCGAAGCAAUGACUGAGGAAAUCCAAAAACCUUCAUUAGUGAUCCCAGAGAAGUUUGAAAGCCAUGAAGAAAUGGUUGCUUUCUUGAUGUCUGCCAUGUCUCAAGUGGAAAAGGAGCGAGAAGAUAUGAGGCAGCAACUGGCUGCUCAGAAACAGCAGUGCAGAAGCCUCUUGCAGCAAAUAGCAGCUCUUCGGCAGGAGCAGCAACAUAAUGUGCUGAGUGGAGAUUCCACCAUGGAUACUGUUCCAGUGGAGGUUCACGAGGCUUUGAAAACUGCCAUGGAGAAACUACAGUCCCGUUUCACAGAUCUGAUGCGUGAGAAAGCUGAUCUGAAGGAACGGCUAGAAGAGUUAGAACAUCGCUGCAUACAGCUGUCUGGGGAAACAGACACCAUUGGGGAGUAUAUUGCAUUAUACCAGAGUCAAAGGGCUAUCCUCAAACAGCGGCACCAGGAGAAAGAAGAGUACAUCAGCAGGUUGGCUCAAGAUAAGGAAGAGAUGAAGGUGAAAUUACUGGAACUGCAGGAUUUAGUGAUGCGCCUGGUCAGGGAAAGGAAUGAAUGGUACAGCAAGUAUGUAGCAGCUGCUCAAAACCCAGAGCUGCUAGCAGGCCAGAACGAAAGUGUACUUCCAGUGGAGAGGCGCAUCGAACUGAAUGCUACCGAUGGAGAAGGGUUACGAGAAGUGAAUUUAUCAGACGAAGCAGAACAAGAGGCUGCUGCUCUUCACCAAUCCAGUUUCUCCCCUAUUGACACUAAAGCUGCUCAGCCAAGCCAAGACGACCCCACAGCAAAGCAAAUAAUGCAGCUUCUCAGAGAAAUCCAGAACCCUCAGGAGAGGGUGGGCUCCUUGCUGGAAAACCCCUGCAUUCCAUUCUUCUACCGCGCCGAUGAGAACGAUGAGGUCAAAAUCAUGGUGGUUUAAGCGGCAACAAUUCUUACAGCAAUUUUCUAUGAGCCUGCAAGGACUAAACCGACUUGUAUGUGCCCAUACCGCUGCUCAGUGCCCUUGGUCAGAACAGAGCUCUGCUCUAAAGACAGCAGGAAAGAGGGAUUGCAUCAGAUGGAACUUGAGCAUCAGACCUCAUCUUCCUUCUGUUCUGUGGUAUGCUUGGAGUACAGGCUGGCUCGAAUUAAGGGGAGGCAGCGGGUGCCAGCACAUCACCUGGGCCCAGUGUGGGUUGGGGGAAGGGACUCCAUGACUUUGGGCAAAAUUACUUGCGCCUUUAUCCUGUAUCCCUGCCCAGGACUCCGCUGCCAGCACUCAGCUUCACAGCAGUGACUGAGCAGCAGCUCUUAUCCAGCAUUCAUGACCGUAACCUGCCUAGUUCCUUCCAAGGCUCCCACAGUAACUAACAUCCUCCGGUAACAGAAACUCUUUGGAUUCUAACCAGGUUGCUUUUGUUUCACACCAUGUAUCUUUAUUUCCCAUUUUCCACAGCAGCCUGCCUCUUGCAACUCUAUCUGAAACCAGCCUUGUCAGUCUUGAACAGCCAAAAGUUCCAGGCUUCUGGCUAGCUAGGCAGCACUACAGACCCAUUUAUUCUCAUCGCUAGGGGAAGGGGCUGAGGGUUGCCUUUUGAGUCUUUUCGGUUACUUGACAAAGCUUUAUGUGAUUAUUGGGAGUGGGGUGGAAAUGUAACUGCACUUUGAAGGAUGACGUGUUUCACUUGUAUGUGUCUGAAGGUUUUAUUUAUUUUUAAAAAAAAUGGGAGAAAUAAGUAAAAGGAAACCACUUAAUAAACAUGCUUUGUUUUGAAUUUCUGGACUCUACGAGGGUAUGGUUCUCUCUCACUUAAAUUUCUUCUCCCAUUUUGGUAAGAAAUGCAUUGUGAAAGCAGUGGCAAAGGAUGUUGUAAUCUACCCACCUAAGAGGGGGUGGUACCUGACAAUGCCUUGAAGCAAGAGGCCUAAUUCUAAGGGGAACACAUGCUGUGAAUAGAGGUCCCCGAAGUGGCAGCAAAGCCAAGCCCUUAGGUGUACAAACCCUCAUACAGAUACCUUGCAACUAAAUCUUUCAGAUACAAACUGCCUGUUCUUAAUACGGUUACAGACUCAGCAAUGAAGUUUUAAGGUUGGUAAGAGGACCUGAAUUUCACAGCUGUGCAGUCCUAAGUACUAACCUGGGCUAGUUCCUGAAGGAGCACCCUGAGCUGUCAAGAUGAGAGGUGCAAGCACACAAAUGCAGUAUCAUUUCUUGCCUGGUCAACACCAGCCUGUUUUUACUGGUGUCUGAGUUAGUUGAGCUUUACUAAUAUAACAAAAGUUUUUUUCUAAUGCCAAAAGUAGGUUAAGGCUUUAUUUUUUUUUUAACUGGUUCAUUUUGAUUUUUCCAUAUACAACUAGAAGCGUACAUGGAACAAUAUGUUUUCCUAUGAACGCACCAGAGGAAGGUGGAAGCUGUUUUUUGACUUCCUUUCACUUAAUUGGCCCUAUUGUUGUCUGUUAAUGGCACAACAUGAGUGAUAGGGGCUCUCAAGCUCCUGGCUGCAUAGGGUUGUGUAUAUAAUGUAUCUGUGUAAAAUGCUGUAUAUUCCUUGAAGGAAGACCAGCCUGGUGCAGUGGUUAUGCCUGCUCAGGCUACUCAUGAUCUGUAUCAUAAUAACUAAGGGGGCAGGGUUGUGAUUUAAUGCAGAACAUUAUAAAUGGAAUAAAUAUUUAUUAAGUGUUCUUCUCCAUAGCUGUGAAGGAGAAGCAGCUGUUGAAGAAGCUCUGCAGUCUGCUGCAGAGGUGACUUAGUCCUGUUACAAACAUGCUUUCUGAAUAAACUUAUUCAGAUGGG